AUGGAAUCUAUGGAAAUCGAUGCUGAAGUAAAUGUUGUUUUUGAAUCUGAUGAGGAAGCCAAAGAUGCACUAAACAAUUUAACACUUAAUGGAGAAAUUGAGUUACAACCAAGUGAAGAAAGACAAGCUCAAAAAAUCAAGUCUGAUAAACCUGAUACACAUUUAACUAUUAGAAUCAGUAAUUUGAGUGAUAAGAAGGUAAAAAAUGCUGCUGCAUACUCUAGAUAUUAUCUUUAUAAUCCUCCAAAAUAUGAAUUAGAUAAAGAAAAGAGAAAGUCAAAAGGGAAUAAUUAUCGUGAGAGAGAACCUGUUCGUUUUAGACGAUCAAAUGUGGAUGACGAUGACGAUGAUGGCACAGAUCUUUUCCCGGAGAAGGCACCUAAAAGUGAAAAUAUUGAUUCUGAACAUACUAUACCGAGUACUACUGAAGAUGUGGAUUUGAUAUCAAGUGAUCAAAUUUCCAACAAUGCAACAUUAUCUUCCAGAAUUGGAUUGAGAGAUGAUUUGAAUGAUAGUAAUCCGGACAAUACAACUUCUUCACCACCCUCAAAAUCAAGUAGUCUAUUAGACAGAAUUGGAUCUAAAUUUAAAGAAAAAAAUUUAGAAAAAGAUGAUUUAUUUAGUUGA